AUGUAUCAAAUCGAAGAAAAUGACAAGCGUGCUUUGCUGUACAAAAGUGAAUGCCAGUUGUUUGCGCAGAAAAUUUUGUGGAAGCCUUUCAAGCUCUUGAAAACCAUGAAUGCGGAUGCUGGAAACAGAGGCCUGGAAAUCGUUUGCUAUUCCCGCGAUGAUCACGCCAAGUGCUUAGUCAUUGGGCAGUUCAUCACAACUUGGGAUAUGCUGUUGAACAGUGCUGAACAACAAAAUACGUUUUAUGUAGGUGUUUUACAUUGCGCCUUAUCAUAA